AUGGGCACAAAGAACUUCGAGGUCAAUGGGCGAAAGGACAAAGGACGCGCCGAUCUAACAAUGACGACGACGAGGACGCCGAGAAGAGUUCACCUCGUGGCCGAGCUGAAGAUUACGCAACGCCGAUCACGAAACAACAACAUGAUCGAUCACAAGCACACAACAGAGCAUUCACCAAACACACGAACCAGACGAACGAUCACCAAGCCAAGCCAAGCCAACGUACGAACAAACGAACGCCAACAACAGCACGACACAACACAACAGCAGCACCAAAGCAAAAGGAAACAACCUUCAUCAAAUUUUCUCAAUUGA